UUUUCGUACUUAUACGGAACAAACCAAAUUAUAUAUAGUCCAAUAUUUUACUCAACAAAAAGAAAAAGAAAAAAAAUGCGAAGAAUAAACAUGGAAAUCAAACAUCUCAGCUUCAAUCUCCUUAUCCUUUUCUCCUUCAUCAUCCACACAAAUGCAAAUGCUUCAGAUUGUAUUUACAACAUAUACGUAGAAACCGGCAAUAUUCCAUAUGCCGAAACUAGUUCUAACAUAACCAUCUUUCUGAGGGACAACACCAAAGCCGAACUCCCCGUCGUCAACCUACGGAAUUGGGGCUUAAUGGGCUCCGCCCACCACUACUUUCGGCCCGGAGAAGUCGACCUCUUCGCCGGAAAAGGCCCGUGUUUACGCGGGCCCGUGUGCAGCCUAAUAAUCGUGCUAGACGGCUACGAUAGUUGGUAUUGCCACUCUAUCCAAAUAAUCACCGUAGGGUUUGGAAAAUCAUGUUCUUACAAACAUUUUGUAGUGAAGAAAUGGCUCGACGUCAACGCAGGAUCGGCGGUCAUCCUUCAAGAUGAGUGUUGCUAUGAUGCUAUUAGUUUCAAGACUGGAUAUUAAUUAUGAUUAUGUUCAUUAAUUGUUGAGAUUAAUUAUCUAUAUAUGUAUCAUAUUAGUUUAGAUAAUGUAUGGCAACAUAGACGAUUGAAAUGAAUGUCGGACGAGUUAGAAUA